GGCGGUGCUCAUAUGUGGCGGAGAAGGUAUAAUAACAAGUCACUACGUUACAUUUAUAAAGCUUCGAUAUAGAGUUACAAUCCUCAAGCUAAAAGUCAGCCUAAUCGAUUAAGAAAAUGACUGAUAUUCACCCAUUCAAUAUCUUAGUCCCUCAGGACAAGAUCAACACCCUUCAAACCAAACUUUCAUUAGCCACGUUCCCCGACGAGCUGCCUUCCGAGUCGGCGUCAGCAUGGGAUCAAGGACCUCCGUUGUCCGAAAUCCAAAGAUUGACUGAGAAAUGGAAGACCUGGAUUUGGAGAAAUGUAGAAAACUCACUUAACGAGUACCCGCAGUUUACAACCAAAAUUGAUGUAGAAGGUUUCGGAGAACUAGACAUACAUUUCCUCCAUCAGGAAAGUCCUGUCAAAAAUGCUAUUCCAUUGUUAUUUGUCCAUGGGUGGCCGGGCUCCUUUCUCGAGGUCCUCAAAAUUCUUCCCCACUUGCAAAGCCCCGCCGCCUCCACAUCUUCCCCGCACCCCAGUUUCCACAUCGUCGCCCCAUCUCUCCCAAACUUCGGAUUUAGCUCCGGUGUCAAAAAGAGAGGAUUUGCAAUGGCUCAAUAUGCGGAAACUCUCAAUAAGCUCAUGAUAAAACUUGGGUACAGUGAAUAUGUCACCCAAGCGGGUGACUGGGGUUUUUGGAUUACCAGAGCGAUAGGAAAGUUGUAUCCGAAGCACUGCAAAGCAAGCCAUCUCAACAUGGUAUAUGCGCAGCCUCCCAAGCUGCUUAGUAAUCCAAUCGAAAAGAUUGGAGAUAUGUUCAUGCCCUACAGCGAGCUGGAAAAAAGAGCUGUCGAGAGGAGAAAAUGGUUUCAGGCUGAAAGUAGAGGCUACAAUGUCCUUCAAUCUACCAAGCCUCAGACCCUAGCAUACGGACUAGCUGAUUCGCCAGUCGCGCUUCUGGGCUGGAUAUAUGAGAAACUACACGAUUGGUCUGAUGAGUAUCCAUGGUCAGAUGACGAAAUUCUGACCUGGGUGAGCGUAUACUACUUUAGUACAGCAGGACCAGGAACUCCUCAAAGAAUCUACUAUGAAACUAUGCACACUUCAGAGGAUAAGGAAUGUACGGUUGAUAAACUACAGCAAUGGACAGCAGAUGUGAAAUUAGGCCUAGCAUACAAUCCAAAGGAUUUGGAGAACGUCCCAAAGCGAUGGGGAAGAACACUUGGAAAUGUGGUGUACGAAGUUGAGAAUGAUAGUGGAGGACAUUUCUAUUCUCAUGAGAAACCGGAUCUUUUGGUGCGAGACUUGAGAGCUAUGUUUGGAAAAGGAGGAAAAGCGUUCAGUAUAGUGCAGGGGCGGGACGGGUAUGAAUAAACAUAUUAGUAGCAAGUUUCGAUAGGGACAGUUAGUGUAGAUAUAAUGGAAUUCUACAUAAAUUCAACA